UUUUUACAAAUUAUUAUUAUUAUUAUCAUCGUUAUUUUAAACAUCCUCCUCCUCCUGGAUUAUUAUUAUUAUUUUUUGAUCUGCUGUUGCUUAUUAUCGUUAUUACUACUCGACAGCGUCUCCGUCUCAUGUUUAUGCCAUGUUCCUGUGUUGGAUGGAUUUAUGCAUAACAGGUGUUGUUUGAGACUGAGAGCACAUCAAGAGCAUGAAGCUUUAUUAUGUGUCUUUCUCUCCAUUUAACGAGCGGUGAAACAAAGCGACGGGGAUCAUUCUUUCCUCUUUUUUUUUUUUUUUGUUGCGUCUGUGCCGUGAAAUAACAGAAGACCCCCCUCAAAAAAAAAGAAAAGAAGGGAGGAUGCAAUGAGGGAAUGAAAAGGCGGUGAAGCCGUGGACAAAGAAGACAAAAAAAAAAAAAAAUGAUUCUGUCGUGUAGAAAAGAUCCGCUCGGCCUCUCCUUGUAGAGACCAGGGGGAGACGACGAAGACGACGACGAGGACGGCGGCGCCGGCAGCGGGAGGAGAAUAGCUGUUUUCUUAAGGGCCCCGGAUCAGGCAGGCUCUCUCGGAAAGUGAUAGAAUGGCCAACCAGAGCUUUGCCAUCGACGGCCCUGGUAGUUUACUGGCCGUGCUGGCCUCCCAGAGUGGGCUGGCCAAAGGCGGCAGCAGUAGCGGCAGCAGCGGUGACGGCAGCGGCAGCAACGGGGGAAUCACCGCCACAGAUGUGUCUGCCUACUUUAAGCUGGUCUUCUUGGGGUUGAUCAUCUGCGUCAGCCUCGUGGGCAACCUCUUGGUGUCCAUGCUGGUGCUGCGAGACAGGACACUCCACAAGGCCCCCUACUUCUUUCUCCUGGACCUGUGCCUGGCCGACGCAGUCCGCUCGGCCGCCUGCUUCCCCUUCGUGCUGGUCUCCGUCCACAACAGCUCGGCCUGGACUUACAGCGCCUUAAGUUGCAAGGUGGUGGCGUUCAUGGCCGUCCUGUUUUGCUUUCACGCUGCCUUCAUGCUGUUCUGCGUGGCCGUCACCCGGUACCUCGCCAUCGCCCACCACCGCUUCUACGCCAAACGCAUGACCAUCUGGACCUGUGCCGCCAUCAUUUGCAUGGUGUGGACCCUGGCCGUCGCCAUGGCUUUCCCGCCCGUCUUCGACGUGGGCACGUACAAGUUCAUCCGCGACGAGGAUCAGUGCAUUUUCGAACACCGCUACCUGAAGACCAACGACACCCUGGGCUUCAUGCUGAUGCUGGCCGUGGUGGUGCUGGCCACCCACGGCUUCUACGCCAAGCUGCUGCUCUUUGAGUACAGGCACCGCAAGAUGAAGCCGGUCCAACUGGUGCCAGCCAUCAGCCAGAACUGGACCUUCCACGGGCCCGGGGCCACGGGCCAAGCCGCGGCCAACUGGAUUGCGGGGUUCGGCCGCGGCCCCAUGCCCCCGACCCUGUUGGGCAUCAGGCAGAAUUUACACAAUCAGCACCGGCGGCUGCUCGGGAUGGAGGAGGUGCGGUCGGAGAGGAGGCUGGGCAGGAUGUUCUACACCAUCACCCUGCUUUUCUUGGUCCUCUGGGCGCCGUACAUCGUGGCCUGCUUCUGGAGGGUGUUCGUCAAGUCCUGCGCCAUCCCUCACCGGUACCUCUCCAUCACGGUGUGGAUGAGCUUCGCCCAGGCCGGCGUCAACCCCAUCUUCUGUCUCCUGCUCAACGAGGACCUGAGAAAAGUGCUGCGAGCCCACCUGCCCACCUACUGGAGGACUAAACAACACCUGCCCCAGGACGAGGCCUACUGCAUCAUGUGAGAGAGAGAUACGAAAAUUUGGGGUUCAUUCAAAGAAUGUUUCAGGUUUUUUGAGCAAAAUUUGGAAAAAGCGGGAGGGUUUUCGGUGCACUUGCUCCAAAAGCGCUGGUGUGUCGAUUUGUUGCUUUCGCACAACAAGAUCCCAAAAUUUUGCUACCAAAUUCAGGCAGGGGCGCCGACGUUUGAAGAAUGUCUGUGUUCGGCUAGGCCCCGUGAGGCGAAAAGGCGACGCCGGAAACCCUUUUGGCGACGCGCGCCCCUGACGUCGUCGCUGUCCGAAUGAUAGAUGGGAGAGAUCACAACAAUCACCACUCCAAUUAGGUGUGUCAGAUGCCAUUUUCAAAAAUAACGUUGCCUUAUUUCAGACGGACGCGGCCCUCGAGCUUUCUACCGAGAACUAGUUUGUGUCACAUAAGAGCAUACACUGAUAAAAAAAAAAAAGUAAAAAAGAAAACCCUUGAAGAAAUGUGCCGUGGACUGUGAAUAGAAAGUGUUGAUCAGAGUGUUACCAGCUCUGAAACACAUCAAAGAACUCAAAGGGGUCUGAAUGGAGCGAUAGACCCCUCUGGACGCCUUUUUUCCCCUGUAAUUCAAAGGAGACUGCAGAACAUUAAGCGGACCCAAUACCCUUGGAUACAUUUAAAUAGCUGUUGUGAACGCAGAAGCCCCCCCUCCCCCUCCCCCUAAACAUGCUUGAUUUUUUUGGACUUAGGGCGUGUCAGGUUUCUUUGUAUCAUACAAUGGAGGAAAAAAAAAUUGCCUGUUUUGCUUUAUUUGUAAACAAUACAUGUUAAAGCAGAUGACACUAUUUUGAAAUAUGACUUGAUUUCUUAUUGUAUAGACUGUACAGGAAUGUACAUUCCUGCUUGUGUGUUUUUCUAUAGCAUUCGUGUGUGUGUGUGUGCGUGUGUGUGCGCGUGUGUGCGUGCGUGAGAGCAAAAAGGUAGAAAGGCUGGAGGGGAGAGAGAGAGAGAGAGAGCGAGAAGCAGAACGAGACUGACAGGAGUAAUGAUGAUAGAAUAGGUUUCAGUAAUACUGAGUCAAAAGGAAAGCAGCCACACUUUGUUGUCUCAAAAUCCUGCAAAAUUCAGCCGCCAUCAUAUGGAAAUUUAUCCUUUUAAAUGGAUUUCUGCAACUGAAAAAUGUGGUAUGAUUUUUUUUUUUUUUUUAAAUGCUAAUGUGCAAAAAGAACAAAAAAAAACAAUGUGAAAUACUGGGGGUUAAGAUUAAAAGCGGGGGGGGAGGGGCAGAUUAAUUUUAACGCUUGUAUAUUACAAACGGGGCAUAGGAUUUAACGACGACUUGAAUGAUGUACGUAUAUUACAUCAGUUUAAAAAAAAAGAAUAAUAACAGCAAAUGUAUAUUUAUUUGCAAACGAUGGUCUUGGGAAUGUUUUAAAGUACUGUACUGUUACUGUAUGCUUUCACCAGAAUACAACGCAAGAGAAGACACGCCAUGAAGGAAACUCGAAUGUUACCCGGCCCUCUUUAUAUGUCCACUCAAUAUAAAUGUCACCAUUUGAGUGUCUUGUUUGAAAAAUCGAAGCGAAAAAUUAGGCUGGUGUGUGGAACCUGGCUUAGUCUGCACUGAAUUGUUUCUCCAAAUUAAGAUUCAUGUAAUGCAAAUGUCUGAUCUUCGGUGCGUUAGGCCUAGAGAUAUCAACGUGCGGUCAAUCUCCUCAAUGUGGACACUUGCACAGCCUACUGUUCUAGCAUGCAUUCCACUGCAUUUCAUAGAUUCCAGACUGGGUAUUACGACUUGUACAGAUGUCGAUAUGGAAAAGGCAAAGUGAGGUCCAUCAUUUUUACGUCUGGCACUCUUUUUGCGAGAUGAUAUUCUGUAACUGUAAAGUUUAACUGAGGUGGUUCUUUGGCCCACUCAUCAAUAAAGACUCUACUUUUGAUGCA